CAUUUAAGCUUCGAUAUUCUACUGCGUUCAUGACAAGCAUUGAGGCAGGGCAAGCAAGCAAGCAGCCCUGGCCUCGAGUUAUCAACUGCACAUUGGUGUUUGAACCAGUCGGAACAGGCGGUGGUCAAAGUGUUCGAGGUUCUUGUUACAGAUUUGCUGUUCCAAGCUGAAAGACGAAAUAUCUGGAGCUCGACUUGUUUGAGAAGUCAAGAAAGACUAGAUCAGACGGAAACAAAGCGAGAAGAAUACUCACCAGCCCUGAUGCUCACGACCUGCGAAUGUUAAUAUAGUAGAAACAACAGAGUCAACAAUAGAUUUGAUUUUGCAAGUAUUCGAAACUCAUCAACGGCGCAUAUGUUAUGCGACGACAUGGUUGUAAAAAAAAGAAACCCUCCCUGCACCGGAAUUAAGAUGGACUUGAGGGGCGUUACAAUCGUGGAACUGACGAGUCGCUUGCAUGAGGGGAAUUGUCAGACUGGCGCUGAUAAAAUCGCGACCCUCACGAUCCGGUCCGAGGCCAAGCGACGCGUAGUGUUGUUCAGAUUUGUUUGAAACAUUGAAGAAGCGGGUUCGAUAUUUCCAGGUACGAUUGUCCUACUGCUUUCAAGCUGAGGUAGGUUUGCCAUGUGGGAAAUGACCUAACGGGAGGGUGUGGUAAAAACACCCCAACAUAUGCAUGGCUUGAUC